UUUCAUCAACAAUCAAACACCCUUUAAUCUUCCCCAGUCCACCACCACCACCACCCUCUUGCUCAAAAACUUCUGCCUCUGAAUCCGAACGAACUUCUACACAUUCAACCCAAAGUACAAACAACAUCAACAUCCUUCCGGCGUUGGCAGCUUGAACUUUGAAGACUGGAAAAGAAGAAGAAGAAGAACGCUUUUUAUCAGUCGGAAGAAACCUCCUACUCAAGACAAGAUCAAGAACAUCAAAACCAAACAAAAAUAGCUUCCGAUACACUUGAGCUCUCGUUCGACUCUCCCUUAUCUUAGCUGGUCUACAUACUCACUAAUCCCUGAUCUGCGCUGUACUCUUAUUUUCGACGAAGUUACAACAGAAGCUACAAAUGCACAGCGGCCAUCGUCCGAGCCAGAGUGUCUCAUCCGUCUCAGCAGCGCCCACGCCUUCCUUUGCCGACCGUCCGUUCCCCGCCCAUGCCGGAAAUUCCGUCGUCACUUCCACUUACAAACCUCCCACGAUCAGUGCUCGGGAAACCACCGAAUUCGAGGACGUUCAGGCUAGAACAUUUUGUAAAUGGCUCAAUGCCAAGCUGGAUGUCCGCAAGGUGCCUCCGAUGUCGAACCUGAGUCAAGACCUAUCGGACGGCACAAAUUUGAUCCAACUGAUGGAAAUCAUGGGUGAUGCUUCGUUAGGGCGGUACAACCGGACACCACGGAUGCGCGUCCAGAAAGCCGAAAACGUCAACAAAGCCCUCCAGUUCAUCCAGUCCCGGGGAGUCACUCUGACAAACAUCGGCCCCGAAGAUGUGAUCGAUGGAAAUCUCAAACUGAUAUUGGGCCUCAUUUGGACCCUCAUUCUUCGGUUUACUAUUGCCGAUAUCAGCGAAGAGGGUGUCAAUGCCAAAGAAGGUCUAUUACUAUGGUGUCAGCGCAAAACACGUGGUUACGAAUCAGUCAAUGUAACAGAUUUCAGCGGUAGUUGGCAGGAUGGACUAGCAUUAUGUGCACUAAUUCAUCAUCAUCGACCAGAUCUGAUUGAUUGGGACAGUCUACCUCGAGGGGAUCGACACGCUUGUACUCAGAUGGCCUUUGAUAUCGCUGCCACCAGCUUAGGUAUACCCCAAUUGCUUGAAAUAUCCGAUCUUUGUGAUGCUACUAAACCCGAUGAACGGUCUGUGAUGACAUAUGUUGCGCAAUACUUUCAUGCAUUUUCAUCUAUGGACAAGACGGAAGUCGAAGCCCGGCGAGUGGCGAAUUUCGUAGAGAAUCUGAAAUCGAUAUGGACGUCGAUGAAUGACUAUGAGCGAAGAGUGACUGAGCUGAUGGACGAAAUCAGACAGACGAUAGCCACUCGAUUGACGAGCACUCUGCCCUCGACAUACCCGUUGAUCAAGGAACUUGCCGCAGACUUCCAGAAGUAUAAACAGACGACUAAGCGGGAUUGGGUCGCACAAAAGAACGAGGUUGCUGGCCUGCUCGGCAAUAUCGUCACCAAACUCAGAACUUAUAAUUUGAGGACCUAUGUCCCGCCAGAUGGACUGAAACUGACAGAUCUCGAGGCAUUCUGGAAAGAGUUACUUGUCACCGAAGCCAAACGAUCAAGAUCUAUCAACGCAAGCAUCCAAGAAAUCAAGGAAGGUUUGCGAGUCCGAUUUGCCGAUUUGGCUAAUGCGUUUGAACACCAACUCCAUCAAUACGCAUUAGAAUUAGCAGCGCUAACAGGUCCACUAGAUGACCAACUAGCUCGAGCCAAAGAAAUUCAAAUUAUCCUAGGCGAAGAGUUUUCGGCCUCGCUGGCACGUGUCAAACAGGCCGAACAGGAUUGUCUCGAAGCAAACGUCGAAGAAAACGACUAUACCGUUUACACGGCUGAUGAUCUUGAGUUCGAGACUGAAGAAGUCCGUAAAUCGGCAGCCCGAAAGAUCGCCUUCGUCGAGAAUCAAAUCAUCUCGGCUGGAAUGACUAGGUUAACACCCGCCCAGAUCGAAGAGUUCGAAACUACGUUUCGGUACUUCGAUAAAGAUGAAGAAAACAAGUUGGGACUGCCUGGGUUUAGUGCGGCGCUUGCCAGUUUAGGGAUCGUCUAUUCGGAUUCGGACACUGAACAUAUUCAUCAUCAGAUAGCCGGCAGAGAUGGGAUGGUCACUUUCGAGUCUUUCGUGGGCUUCUUAGUUCAGAUCACUGAGGACACAACGUCACCGGACCAAGUCCGGGAAUCCUUCCGCGGGAUUGCUGGUGAUAAGCCGUUUCUUACGGAGGUGGAUCUGAGACACGCCCUAGUGCCUCAAUCAGCAAUCGACUACCUGCUCGAAGCCAUGCCCCCCUUCGCCUCCUGCUCCUCUUCCUCCUCCUCCUCUUCCUCUUCUCCUCCUAAAAAAGUCAGAUCUUCAUCGGUCGAUCAAUCUUCUUCUGCUGCUUCUGCUACUAAUGAUCAUCAUCAUGGGCCCACCAACUCUUCUUCUUCUUCUGCUGCUCCUCUUGCAUUCGAUUAUGAACUCUUCUUGUCUCAAUUAUUCGAAUUCGAUUGAUUGAUUCUUCUUUUUUUUCUUCUUCUUCUUAUACUCUUCUCCUUUUUUUCUCUGAUGUCCCCUCCCCCCCCUUUUUCCUUUUUUAUUGUUGUUCUUGUUCUCUUGCUUUUUUCUUUUUGUUUUGCCUUUUUGGGGAGGGAGAGCCACACGAAAUACAGACACACACACAAACAAAUCAAUAAAUAAAUA